UCUUUUUCCUUUCAGUUUUCUCUUCAACACAACUUCACUAGUUUGAAGUCGACGUCUAUGAGUGAAAAAUGUGGUUCCAAGUUUUUUGAAACUGGGGACGAAAAACAAAAUUUGGAUGGUCAAAAUGGUGAUUAUGCUCCAGGAAAAAUCGAGUUAUUGCUGAAAAAGCUCAACCCAAUUCUCAUCUCAUUCUCAACAUAUCCUUUAUAUAUCCUCAUUCUUAUAAUUGCAUCGGAAAGUGAAUUGCUCUCAAACAUUGUACCAAUUCCUCUGAUCCUCGGACUUUUCGCCACUUUUGAACUGUUCGACUUGCUUUUGCUGAACCCUCCAAGACGUUAUAAAAAUGGAUUGCAAUUGGAAACAAUUGUGCUGCCAGAAGAAGACGAUUUCAAUGAGUUCAAAGGAAAAAUCAGAAGAAUCGAAAUUUUUCACUGUUUCACUUUGUUGUUGUAAGUUUUCAGAAAUGAUUGAUUUUGAUGAAUGAUGUAUGCAUAAAAAAAUUAUUCAAAAGAUUCGCAAAUUAACAAUUUUCAGUUCAAUCUGGGCAUUUAAUGUGAGCUGCUCCAAAAUACUCCGCGAAAUUCUUUCUCCUUCCAACUACAAUUUGUAUUCUCUCAUAGGUAUUAUCAUCUCUCUUCUCGUGUUGUUCACAGUUUUCAAAGAGGUUGGAAGCCACCGAUGGAUGAACAAAUAUUCAAACUCUACAAUUUGGAUCUCAAUUAUUCUGCAAAUUGCUAGUACUUUUACUUUGGUUAUUGGAGCAUUCAUACGCUCAGAAGAUCCAAAAACAUCUGGACGAAUGUUUUUUAUUGGUGCUCUGAUUAUGCUGGCCAAUGCCAUGCAUAUGAGAUUCGCCUACCUUUAUAAAAAUCCUCUGAGAGGUGAAAAUCUAUUGACUAUUAAAUCUACUAGAUUGUUCAUGAAGAAAUGGUUCCUGUGGUUUGUUUUGAUGGAUUGGUAAGCUCAUUAGCAAAAUUGGGCUCUUGAAAAUUAAUAUUAUCAGUGUAAUUUGGUCUUCGAUUCCUCUGCUUGUAUUUGGAACUUCUGGAGAUAUUGAAUUUAGCCCAAAAUCCUUGUUCUGGAUUAUUCUUACUUUCUGCGUCCUUACAGUGAUUUGCUUGUUUUCUAAAAUAGUCUACUUUCACAAAAGCCCAAAGAAUGUUGAAACCAGAUUUUUUAUGAAGAAAUGGUAUUUGUGGUUCCUCUUGAUUAAUUGUGUCAUUUGGUCUUCGAUUCCUCUCUAUGUAAUCGGAAAAGUUGGAAACGUUGUUUUUAGCCCUAAUUCCUUGUUUUGGGCUCUCCUCACAUUCUGCGUAUUCACGAUAUUCAGCUUCUUUGCCAAAAUUGUCUACUGCUGUUAUAAGAAAAUUAGAACUACUGAAUAUUCUGUUGUAACAGUUUGAUAAUUUGUUUCCCGAUCAACUUUUGUAUGAUAAUUGACUAAAUUUGUCAGAACAAUAACAUUUUUUAAAGAACACUUUUUGGUAAACAAAUAAAUGUAUUAUUAACAUGAUA